ACGAGUUCAGACGUACGCAAAGCGCUCUCACAGUCGACUUUUCGCGAUCAACACUGAUCUUAUCCACCGUUUGUUUGACCAGACAUGGCUCAUCAAAGACCAAGUUCCCACUUUGGUGAAAUGGAAUACCAGCAGCAGGGCUGGGGAGGUGGACAUCAUCAGCGAGGCUGGAUUGACAACAGGCAGCCUGCCAAUGUGUUCCAGGGGGACAUCCAGAGGCUCGGCUCUCUUUUGGAAAUGGAGAGAGCCAGAUGGUUUGAGGAGAACCAGAAGGUGGCCGCCCUGGAGAAAGAACUAGAAGAUGCUAAACAUGAGGUAAAAAGGCAGAAGAACCUCAAAGAGAUGUACAUUAACAAGGGCAAGGAGACAAAAAGAGAACUUAUGAGAUUACAGAAGUUUUCCGAUCCAGAAAGUCUCAGCCCGGCGAUUAUUGCUUCCAAGGUGCACAGCGCCAUGAAAUACAAGAAGAAAAAGCUGUUGCAGCAAGACUUUGAGCAUCUAAAGGUAGCUCAUGUCGUCAACGAGGAGUUAUUUGUAGCACAAAUCGAGGCGGAAAAAGAGAGAAAUAACACCCUCCAACAAGAACUGGAUAAAGUCAAGCUUUCCUACGAGCAGCUUCGCUCUGAACGUGAAGCUGACAAUGCUGGGGCGACGCUGCAGGUCGACAUGCAGAAGGUUUAUGAAGACAAGAUCAAGCAGGACCAAACGCUCAUCGAGAACCUGAGAGCUGAGAAGGAUGAUCUCUUCCAGACAAUGUCAUAUGAGAUCGCCGUCCUGCAAGAAAAGAAGAAGUGUCUGAAGAGUGAGAUGGAGCAGUUAAAGGUUUCGUACCAAGAACUAAACUUGAAGUAUGAAACAGAAGUUUCUGCACUGAGACAGCAGGCAGAAGCCCACCAGCAGGAGAUGAAUCGUGAGAAAGAAGCAAAUUCAGAGAGAGCAAAGAAUGACCUCCAGCUUAUCAACGACCUUAAAGCUGAGAAGGACAAUCUCCAUCAGAAAAUGACACAAGAGUUCGGAUUCCUGCAACAGCAAUCGGCGGAGAACACGAAACAUCUCCAAAGAGAACUGGAGCAGGUUAAGGUUUCAUACCAGGAGCUGAAAAAUAGGUAUGAACUGGACGUUUCUGCGCACAGACAGCAAGCAGAAGUGUUUGAACAGCAGUUAGACGAACAGAUAAAAGAUCAUUCGCAGAAAAUGAAGGACAACCUUAAAUUUAUCAACCAACUUAAAGCUGAGAAGGACGCUCUCCACCAGCAACUUACCGUCCUCCAACAACGAUUCUCUGGCUGUGAGGUUAAUUAUAAAACAGAGCUAGAGAAUCUGAAAGCUGAGCUCCAAGACAGAGAUGACCUGGGUCCUCCAAAAAGAAAAAGGGCCAGGCGUCAAGAACCAUCUAUGGAUCUCGACCGUCUCUUAGAGGAAACCCUGUCAGUGCCUGUUGAAUAUCCUGAGGCGUCCCCCAUGGAGCUAGAUAACUUCGUAGAGGAGAUGCUAAAAGACUUAAGCAUUCUUGAUCCUGAAGCCAGGGAAGUGCCUGAGCUUCCUGGGGAGACCCUGCCAGAGAACCAGCAAAGCCAAGAUCCUGAACCCAUGCAGGUGGAAGGCUCACAACCCGACCCUUCAGUUUGGAAAAAGAUACGGCACACUCUGGGUUUAAAGAAGCCAAAGAAAUGGAAGAAAAGCAAGAACACUUCCCAAAAUGAGCAGCUAGAGAAGUAGGCCAGUACUGAACAGUUUCAAAAAUAUUUUAGUCCCAUUCAAAUGUCCAAUUUAAUUCCCAAAAUAAAAAAACAGGGCGGCACGGUGAUGCGGUGGUUAGCACUGCAGCUUCGCAGAAGAGAGGUCCCAGCUCUUAGCUGGGUACCGCUUUCUGUGAGGAGUUUGUAUGUUCUCCACGUGUUUGCGUGGGUUUUCUCCGGGUGCUCCGGUUCCCCCCACACCUCCCAAAAAUAUAUGUCAGGUUAAUUGGCUGAUGGAAAAUGUGCUCAACACUGUAAGUGUUGAGUUCAAGAAACUGCAAAACUGUUCAGACUGGAGGAAUUCAAAGACGCUGCAGCUAACGCCUGGAAUUGCUUACAAACCAGAAAAUUUAGGAUACAGCCGCCAUCAGAAUCAGAAAUACUUUAAUAAUCCCAGAGGGAAAUUGCGGUUUCAGUACAACCGCCAUCACAAACAUUUCAGGGGGAGAUGAUUUACUGAGGCCUUGCUGCCAAGGACAUCACCUUACAUGGUGCCCACAGGGCACUGCCAUUACUCUGUGGAAAAAUAGAGGCCACAAAAAAAGGAAGGUGGGAGGGAAAAAAACAUCUCAUACUUUAUCCUAUUACAGGAUACAGUUUAAGAUAUCAAAAAUCUCCUGCACAAAAAUACACAAAUAAGACGAGACACACAUUGCAGAAGGUAAACAUCUGAGACCCGUCACGUGUAAGUUCAUCAGUUUUUAUGAGCAUCAGU